CAGCGUGCCCCGCGCGACAAAGAGGGCGGGGCCGUAGUGUUUUUCGAGCGGGAGGCUGCGCAUGCGCUGCUGGGCGGGGCCGCGUCCUGCGCCUGCGCAGAGCGGCCCUUCCUUUCUCGCUUUCCUCCCAGCCUGUGCCGCCAUGGCGCCCGCGAAGAAGGUGUCCACGAAAGGCGGGAAGAAGAAGAAGCAGGUCCUGAAGUUCACCCUGGACUGCACGCACCCCGUCGAGGACGGCAUCAUGGACGCCGCCAACUUCGAGCAGUUCCUGCAGGAGCGCAUCAAAGUCAACGGGAAGGCCGGGAACCUGGGCGGGGGCGUGGUGACCAUCGAGCGGAGCAAGAGCAAGAUCACCGUCACCUCCGAGGUGCCCUUCUCCAAGCGGUACCUGAAGUACUUGACCAAGAAGUACCUGAAGAAGAACAACCUGCGCGACUGGCUGCGUGUGGUGGCCAACAGCAAGGAGAGCUACGAGUUGCGCUACUUCCAGAUCAACCAGGACGAGGAGGAGGAGGAGGAGGAAGAUUGAGCCCCGGCCCGUCCCACCCCAUCCCCAAAAAACAAACAGAUCUAGGGAGAUUUUGUACAUUUUCCUUCAAUAAAAUGCAACAAGGGCGGUUGCAA